AGUUCGCAUUAAGCGUGAAUAUUUCUAACAAUAUUCACACCGAACUGAAUUUAAUCCAAAUACCAGAUAAGAACAGUUGUCUUCGAAUCUGAGUCUGAAAUUCUGUUGUCUCAAAUUUGCUACUUUAGUCAAGUGAGUCCUCUGCUGCUUUUCCCGCAGACACGAAUGAAAAAUUUCGUUCGACCCCACGAUUCAAAUUUGGCCUCAUUCUUUGUAUAUUUGUAUAUUGUCACCACGACUGCCUUUUUGCGACAUUGAAGGUUAUCGGUGACAUCGUCAGGCAGUUGCAGAUUUCUACCUGAGCACGCCCCAAAAUGGCGCCUAAGCUAUCGGGACAUGAGAUCGAUGACCUCAUAUUCUUUGCUCGCGCUGGCGAGGAGACGGAUCUCACACAGCUUCUGAAAGAGCUGUCGGAAAGAGAAUCAGUGACCGUCGCGGACAUCCUGGAGGCGGCUAAGGACGACGGGAAGGCGACUUGUUUACACAUGGCAGCUGCAAAUGGCCACUCAAAAACUGUCACACACAUCCUCUCCCACCUACCCCCCAAACCCAGCAAACCACAACAAAACCCAUCCCCACCGCAACAAGAAGGUGAUGCAGAGCAACAGCCACCACCCAGUUACAUCAACGCAGCCAAUUUGUUCGGCAACACGGCCCUGCACUGGGCCUGUCUGGGCGGGCAUCUCGACGUGGUGAGGCUAUUACUGUCACGGGGUGCUUCUCCCGCUCUCCCUAAUGACAAGGAUCAGAUCCCGUUGGACCUGGCCGCGUUCAAUAACCAUAUGGCGGUGGUGGAGUACUUCUUGGACCAGAGCAGGAAUUUGGAGGGGGAUAAUGCGAAGGAAGGGGGCUUGGACAGCGCAGUGGGGGAUGUAGAGAUGAAGGAUGAGGAUGAAGAGAAGACGACAGAGGGGGAAAAGGCGUCUACUUCUGCAUGAUAGGGAGGGGGUGUUAGAGUCGUAGAGAGAGUUUGAUGAGGUAAAGGAGAAGGCGCCACAGGCAAAGAGACGUCUGGGUCUGCAUGAUGCGAAGGAGAUGGAUGAAGUGGAAAGCCUGUAAGCCAUUAUAUAUGAGUGCUGGGUGCAGAGAUGGCAUUGCAUUCGCAUGCAUGUUUUGCCUGAAAUCUAGGAGUGCUUAGGUGAAUUGGCCAUUCUGAUUAUGUCCCUGUUCUUGUAAAUUCAAUAUUGUAGCCUAGGGUAAUAACCAGGAUUAAAGUAC